AUGGUGGUGGAGUUAUGGUGGACUAGGAACUUUACCAACGUCUUCACUGGGUGCAGGUGCAACAAUAACCCCUUCAAAGUUCCCCUCAAUACUCAAAUAGCCCAACCACAAAAUAAGAGUGAAGAUAGCGAUAGCAUGGAGAGCAAAGAGUCCUAUGAGCAAAAGCCGACCAGUCUUGGCAGGAGCAGCAACAAGGGCAGGGUCGAGAUUCCGGACGAGGAAGCCAAGCGAGGGUCUGAAUGCGGUGAGAAGCCAUGA